ACCAUGCAUGAAUAGUAUUUUAAACUAAAAAUGAAUGAAAGCAGUGGAGGAGUCAAUCCAAGGUGAAGAAACAGUGAGUCAAGGAAGCAUUAAAAAUAUAGUCUUUUCCAAGAAGAACAAUACAUCUGCCGUUGCUCGGAAGCUGCUGCAGUCCACUGAGGACGGCGAUGCUAAUCGAAUAGGCACGGCAUGCACGAAGGACGACAUCGUGAUAUUCCAAGGCUCCACGGCCCCGCUUCCCAAUGGAAUCCCGUCCUACACCGUUCAAAUCAUGAACGUGUGCUUGUCGGGUUGCAGUAUCUCCAACAUUCACGUCAGUUGUGGAUGGUUCAGUUCGGUGAGGUUGAUAAAUCCCACGGUGUUUAGGCGACUCUACUAUGACGAUUGCCUUGUGAAUGAUGGGGAGCCUCUUGGACCUGGUGAAUGCCUCUCCUUCGAAUAUGCCAAUACUUUUAGCUACCCUCUCUCCGUGUCAUCUGCAGCCUCCUGCUAACUCGCCCCACAUUAUGCUUCUCAGUCAUGCAUGACUCGGUUUCACAUACAUACAAUGCAUGUUGAUAGUGUAUAAUUAAUGUUUUCUACUUCGCAAUAAGUUAUCACAUAUAUGGUAUUAAAUAUUAAUGUUAUUGCCAGUUAUU